CGUCAGCUUCAACACCCAUAAACCCAUACUCCCUUUUUCUCUUCUAUACCACCAUGAACCAUUAUUAUUAUAUCCCCAAAUUAUUAAACUCACCAAAAUAAUCAAAACAUGGCUGCAGCCACCGCCACCGCCACCGCCGCCGCCGCUGCCGUGGCCUCUUCCUUCUCUCCAUCAAUCCACACCACUCUCCAAUGCCACCGCUCCAAUCUCUUCAACCUCAAAAUCAUCUCUCCUUCCUCCCGCUUCUCCGCCGCCGCGUUCUCCUAUUCCCACUCCGCCGCCGUCGAUUCGGCGCCCAUCGGCGGCGUCUCUUUCGGUUACAAGUGGCGACUUAUGAGGGUGAUCGCCGCCGUGGCUCAGGACGAGGUGGCUGCCGUGACCGCCGAUGAGGUGGCUGAUGAAGCCGAUGAGGUUGAGGGAGCUGACGCCGCCGAAUCUGUGGAGGAAGCCGAGCCGGAAGCCGCGGCGAGUGGUGAGAAUACGAAGCUUUAUUUUGGGAAUCUUCCGUACAGUGUGGAUAGUGCUCAACUUGCUGGUAUAAUUCAAGAUUAUGGGAGCCCUGAGCUUAUUGAGGUUUUGUAUGAUAGAGACACAGGGAGAAGCAGAGGCUUUGCAUUUGUAACAAUGAGCACAAUUGAAGAUUGUAAUGCAGUUAUCCAAAAUCUUGAUGGAAGUCAAUACAUGGGAAGGAUGCUGAGAGUGAACUUUUCAGACAAACCGAAACCGAAAGAGCCUUUAUAUCCCGAAACAGAGUACAAGCUUUUUGUAGGGAACCUUUCAUGGUCAGUGACAUCAGAGAGCUUGACUAAUGCAUUUCAAGAGUAUGGAAAUGUGGUCGGAGCUCGAGUUUUGUACGACGGUGACACCGGAAAGUCUCGAGGUUAUGGCUUCGUCUGCUUUGCCACCAAAGCUGAGAUGGACACUGCCUUAGAAUCUCUCAAUGGAAUGGAACUAGAAGGAAGGUCGAUGAGGGUGAGCUUAGCCGAAGGAAAACGUUCAUGAGAAAAAUCAGAAAAGGAGAAAGAAAAACAAAAAUGGGGAUGAAUGCAAUGCAUAGUCAUCUAGAUAGAUCACUUGAGAGAAUUGAACAACUACUUACUUGGAUUGGAUUGGAUUGCCUUUUUCUCAUCAUAUUAUUUCUUGUUGUGUAUAACUCAUCAUCAUCAUCAUUUUUCAACUAAUUCUGCAUAGUCUUAUAUUAUCUUCUAUUUAAUAUAUAUUGUUGAUCAUUAACAGUAGAAAUUUAAUUUUAUUACAGCAGCAGGCCUUUUUUUUUUCCUUCCAA